CACCAGAGAUAAGACUUUCCUGCGUUUCUUGAAAGAUGGACCCGCGGUGAGUACAGAGAAGGCUUGAGGCGCUCGAAGUAUCUUCCAGGCAACGUUGCGUAAAAUUACUCGAGGGGCAAAUGCCUGUGUACCGCGUCGCUUCACCGCUCAUCGUUGGGGGCUCCCUCUGACUGCGGAGCCGUCCUACGGGAGGACCAGAAUUCAAUCUCGGCGCCGGUUCUAGCGUCGCUAAUCAGAAUUCCUCUGUGACUCCUCGUCCCUAAAUUCCCGAUUUCCCGAACCUGAUUCAAUUCCCCCUUCUGUUUACGGUUCGUUGGUGGUACGCUUUUGGCACGAUAGCGAGACUUCGCAAACUGUGAAGAAGGCGAAUGAGGGAGGGCAAGCGAGCUAUGCCGAUGGUGUUGUGCGAUGGAGGAGAUAACGUUACGAAAUUCGAAAGAGCAAGCAUGAGCGUUCGUCGGUCGCGCUCAUAGCUGAUAGAGACCCGUGAUCCGUCCUGUGUGGCAAAAGGCUCGGUUGUCCGAGUUCCGAGUGGUAUGGGUCGGAUGCGCCGGAGAUGUUUCUGUUGUUAAUUUGCGCUCAGCUGUUGCUGAGCGGCAGCAGCUUGCGACUGCAGGGCAGCUUCAACAGUUCGGAUUUCGUCAAACUCGUCGCCAAGUUCGGCUUCGAGAAAACCGAAAACCACGAUCACGUGAACACCCUUGGCUACAUCUAUGGGAACCUCACGAGCUCGAGCAGGAACGUGGCUCACAGAGGGACCCUCGUUGUGGUGGAACGCGAACAUUUCUUGAAUCUGUGGGGUAAUCGCACUCGAUUGAAGAAUGCUUGCAGUGCCAUGUUCCAUCAAUUACAGCGAGACGCAUUCGACCGGCACUGCAACGUCAACGGUACUCAAGACUUCCUCAGGAGUUUCCCUUGUCCUAGAGGACAACUGUGCGAAGAAGAAGACACCCCUUCCCGGGUUCUCAGAUCAAGUCAGUUCACCUACACGGUCAGAGAUCUUCACACGCCUCGCUUUUGGUACGUGACGCUGGUUUCGUGCUUCCGAGAUCCCAAGAAUUGUACCUGGCACAACUCGAACGAGGAUGCAUUCACAAUCGACUACGAUAUCCAUCUGGUCAACGGACAUCCUCAUGAAUCGACAGCGUUCGACGAUGAGUUCUCUUUCGAGGAACAGGGUUCUCUGCAAAGGACGUGUAUAUUCUUCUUCCUGUACCUCAUCUUGCUUGGGAUGCAGUGCCAUCUCCACUUUCGGGACGAUCAACGACACCCUUUGACACGGAUAUUGUUCACGGCGAUAUUGCUGCAAUUCGUAUCGCAUCUCGCUACAUUGAUCCAAAGUAUCCUGUUUGCUUCGAAUGGCCAAGGUCUGCCAGGUCUCAAAGCCUUCGGCGAAGUCGCUUACAUCUUCGCGCAAUCUUUCUUCAUCGUUCUGAUAUUGGUGAUAAGCAGAGGAUACGCAAUCACUCGAUCAGAAAUCGCUGGGAAAAGGGUUUUGGUCUUCCUCUGGAUUACGUACUUGAUCGCUCAUCUGGUGCUCUACGUAUGGGUCAAUACGGAGAUCGACCCGAUCAAAGAAAUCGACGAGUAUGAAACGUAUCCCGGCUGUCUCGUCCUUGGAUUCAGAAUGGCUCUCAUGCUAUUCAUGCUCCGCGAGCUCCGUUCCACCAUGCAUCUGGAGAACAAUACUCGAAAACUGCGCUUCUACCUUCAUUUGGCCGCCGGACUUCUGUGUUGGUUCAUCUAUCUACCGAUUCUCGCAAUCGUCGCGUCACAAGUUUCUUCGCUCUGGAAACAGAACCUCAUCCACGGUAUCAUGGCGUGUGCGGAUUUUCUAGCUUAUGCUGUCGUAACCCAUGUUCUCUGGCCCGCGGAGAGCCACGAUUAUCUUCAGCUGCAGAUGGUUUUCGAAGACUUCGAUGACUACCGGGAAUUCCGAAAAUAAUAAGAGGGUCUUACGAGUCUUGGAUGAAGAAUCCUGCUACGCUCCUCUUAAAUUCGUCAGUAUGAGGUUGCCAUGUGUAUUGAAAAUGAGGCGAUCCUUAUGAGAGAGCAUUCAUCAACGCGCUUCUGGUCGCAUCUCUUUGCCGGGGAAACUUACCCGCAAGCAGCAUACAGAUGGAUCUUCAUUGUAUAAAUCCUUUGUACAGAUGUCUCAGUUGAUGUGAGAGUUACGGAGCGCGUCACGUUUCGGAACCCUGACAGGCCAACUGUAGCUCCGCAAUCGCGUCAUUUUUCGAGCGCAUGUUUUUGUAAAGAGAUGUUACGAACUCGAGGUAGAAUUAAAAUAAACUUUGUUGUGUCAUAA